AAUUCUUGUCUUUCAGAAUCAUGCCGUUGGUGGUAUUCACUGGAUUGCCAUCCUUGGGAAAAGCGGAUGCUGUUGAUCGUUUGACCAAGUUUUUCGAAGAAGUCGUGUGUGUCUCGGUCGAUGUGGUGCGAGAAAGUGAUUUUGUGUUGGACAAAAUGCGAAAAGGCAUGAGGGUUUACUUGGACUCCAAAGCCGAACGGGAACUUCGAGGGAAAGUAAAGGCGGAGGUGUUGAGACUCAUUUCAAGAGACCGUCUCAUUAUUCUGGACGGAUUGAAUUAUGUUAAGGCCGAACGGGAACUUCGAGGGAAAGUAAAGGCGGAGGUGUUGAGACUCAUUUCAAGAGACCGUCUCAUUAUUCUGGACGGAUUGAAUUAUGUUAAGGGGUUUCGGUACGAGCUGUUCUGCGCGAGUAAAGCAGCGAGAACGAACCAAUGCACAAUCUAUUUGCACAACAGUGAAGACGACUACGACGUCCCGGGCUAUGAUGAAGACGUGCUACGAAUGCUGCGACAGCGAUACGAAGUGCCUGACGCGAAAAACCGCUGGGACAGUCCGCUUUUCCACAUUAGCCAAGAAGAAGGCGCCGACAACGAACUCAUCUUGGAAGACGUGCGCAAGUGCCUGUACGACCAGGCGCCACCGACCCCCAACAAGUCCACCGAGUGUUCCCCACUGUCCGACACGGACCUCUUGCAGAAGAUGGACGAAUUGACGCGGAAUAUCGUGUCGGACGCCACGGCGUUGAUGAAAGUGAACGGCGGCAGCGGGGUUGAGAUGACGGUGGCGGAUGUGGAGGAGAAGAUUCGGCUGCCGGCGGCGGCGACUGUGCCUGUGCUCUCGCGGCUGCGGCGGCAGUUUUUGACUUUCAUGAAGUCGCAGCCGCAUCCGGACAGCGAAGCCAAAAUCAAGAGUUUGUUCGUGCAAUACCUGAAUUCCAAUUUCCCGAGUGAUUGACUGACGUUUUGUUGAGUUUUUAGAAUUUUAUUGUUUUUUUUUCAGUGUGGAAAAAAAAUAUUCAAUUGUGGCAAUGAAAUAACUACGUGAUGGUACUUCAUAUUCAUUCUGUUGAUUAAACGUGACGAUGAUUCGCA